GUGAUAUUCUGGUUUUUGCCAUUUUCCUUCGUUUGACCAACAAGAUAUUGCUGAUGGUUGUUAUAUUUCACCAUGACAAAUUGCAUACCAAUAAAUGGAAUCGUGCACAGUAGCUCAAUGGGUAUAUACGUAGUUUCUCGAGGAGUAACGUUCAUGACUGAAACAGUUCGGAAUGUAUUGCAAAACAGACAUUCCUCCAGAAGAUAUGUAAUCACUUAAAUUUUCUACUCUAUACAUCUAGUCUGAAAGCUAAAACGCAGCGUUUUCCAGCGAGCGUCCGGAAUAUGAUUACACCCAAAAAAGUGCUUUCGUUUAAAGUGCGGCUGAUUACUUCCUUGAGGCGAAAUUUUUAAGGUGCCUUUCAGACUCUCAGUCUCUCUCAUUCCAGCUACGAUCGGCAUCGACAAACACCACAUUCUACAUAAUACGGUGUUUGUAUCUACAUUCUAUUACAGCUACCGAAACUACCGCAGGAUGCGCGUGGAAUUUUCAUGCUCAGUUUAACACGUUGAGCGUUUUGCAUAAUACGGGAAGAAGUGCAGAAAUAUCAACUUAGUUUUGUAACUGGGGAAGCACCGUGUUUUGAAAUGAUCACAACUGGCAGCGGAUUGUUCUUGUAAUGGGUGAGAACAAUAUUCCAGCGCGUCUCCUAGAGGAUCAUAUAUGUUUUAUGUGGCCUUGCUAUGAAAAUAUUUACUUUAACACCAAUCGCAGUUAAGGAUUCCGGUAUAGUUGUUGACAUUUUCUGACUACAUAAUUGGAUGGUGGAGUUAUUUUUUUUUUAACUAAACCCGCAGGCCGCAAUAUGGUUGUAUUAAUUCCUGGAAAUACAACGGGUUAAAAUUCAGAACUCAUAUGAUCGGUUUUAAGAACAAGCUAUGGAAGGGUGUUGGCAAUGGUGCCACCGAACAUGCAUUUGCUUCCUAUCUGAAGAAGAGAGGAAGGAGGUCGCCUUGGACAGAGAAAUCGAAAGGAUCUUAAACCUUCAGAAGAAAAAAGAACGCAGGGAAAUCAAAGUACUUUUACUUGGUACUGGGGAGAGUGGGAAGACCACCUUCAUCAAGCAGAUGAGGAUUAUCCAUGGCCAAGGGUUCUCGGAGGAGGAGCGGCGAGACUUUGCCAAACUGGUCUUCCAGAAUGUCUUUACUGCUGCAAAGGCCAUGAUACAGGCUAUGAGCACGCUGAGGAUUCCCUAUGGCUGUACUGAGAAUGAGCUGUACGCGCAGUGGGUACAGGACGUGAAUCCGCUGCACGUGACCAAGCUGGACAGGAGUUACGUCGAUGCAAUCUGCCGCCUUUGGGCAGACCCUGGCAUCAAGAUGUGCUACACCCGUCGCAGGGAAUACCAGCUCCUGGACUCGACUGAAUACUUCAUGACGAACUUGGAGCGUUUGGCCACCCCCGGCUACAUUCCCACCGCUCAGGAUGUGCUCCGUGUCCGGGUUCCCACCACCGGAAUCAAUGACUACUCCUUCACACUCGAGAAGAUGUCCCUCAGGAUCGUGGACGUGGGGGGUCAGAAAUCGGAACGCAGGAAGUGGAUCCACUGCUUCGAGAAUGUCACCUCGCUCAUCUUCCUGGCCUCUCUCAGCGAGUACGACCAGGUCUUGGAAGAGAAGGAGACGGAUAACCGGAUGGAGGAAAGUAAAUCGCUCUUCUACACCACCAUCCACUCGCCCUGGUUUAUCCGAUCCUCCAUCAUCCUCUUCCUCAACAAAAAGGACAUACUGGCCGAGAAGAUCCAGACCUCCGACCUGCAGACAUACUUCCCCAGCUUUAGCGGCAAGAGACGUGACGCCGAGGCGGCCAUGCAGUUCAUUCGGCUGAUGUACCUGCAGCAGGCGGUGAAGAAGGACAAGGGGAAGGACGAGAAGGACAAAUCCAUCUACGUGCACUACACCUGCGCCACUGACACCCAGAACAUCCGCGUCGUCUUCAGCGACGUCAAGGACACCGUGCUCAUCCGCUCGCUGGAGGAGUACUACUUGAUUUGACCUCUGACCUGUCUGCAUCACGUCGGACCAUCACCACCACUGGUGGCGGAUUUCCUCGGGGGGGCGGGCUAGGCUGACAUCUGCAUGGACAUUAACGCAUUGUCUGAUGUUUGCCAGUGGCCUAGGCUGUAGCCCCGCAUUGUACUUAAAUUAAUCUUCUCCUGUCCACCAUUAAUUUUUUCACACCAUAAUCUUAAGGAGAGGCCACCCUGGGACUGCUGAGGAAGCACUUGUAAAGAAGUUGCAACAUGAAAUAUAUUGAAAUAUAUUUAUUCUACUCAUGGCAAUUUACUGGUAUCGACACUAAACAUCCCAUGGGUAAUGUGGAACUGCUUGUUAUUGCUGAGUGCUGGACUCUGCUGUAGUGUCAUAAAAAAAAAAAACAGGUUAUAGCUGAUGGAGCUAAAGUUAGGUGUCCAGUUACAGGCCAGUGUUAAUGCAUCUUUGCAGCAUAGUGUCUGGCGUAAAACAGAAGUGUUACACACAAAAUUAAUUUUGAAAUAAUGCAAACUGUAAAGGUUGUUUUGACAGCACUGGAAAGCAGUGAUUAUAAGAUAAAGUUAAGCUUCAUCAGCUAUUAUGGUGCAUUGGUGGGCUUAUUUUAAAUGUCAUCAUACAGGGAUUGGAUUAUACACUUGAUAGUAAUUACUGCCUACUGGUUUUGUGCACAUCAUUACCUGUUUGUAGGUAAUUUAAACAUUAAGAUUGAUAGACUUAAGCAGAAAGCGGAUAUGUCCCAAAUGUGGACAAACAGCCUAGCAUCAAACACUAUCCGAAUUCUGUGCUGCUUCUCUCAGAUGUUUGGAGCAUUUUUAUGUGUUACUAAUUCACAUUUUGGAAUCAAAUGACCACUGAACUGGAUCCAGCUGAAUAUAGAAUUUGGCUGCAUGUUCCCAGGGAUGUUCCGUAGCUUGUCGCUGAUCUGCAUAUUGUUAUUUAUCAGUGCAGCAUGCUGAUGCAGUUUGAGUCCUUGGAUUCCGACUUUUUUCAUGAUUUUUAAAGUGAUUGACCCCUCUGUAUGGGAUGUUUAAAUGAUCUUGAUGUUUAAAACUAUGAUAUUAUGCCAGUCAAAGUGUGUCAGCUUAGUCAUUUAGAACGUCUCCCAAAGUCACCCCAGGAUAUGCAGCAACCUUCUGAUAUAUUUCUGCACCAUUUCUUUAUUUUUUUUGACUUAACUAUUACCUCACCUUGCUAAAGCUAAUCAAUAUCUCAUCGAGUUAUUUAAGUUAAAUUUCAUCGCCAGCUAAAUUAACAAACACAUGGAACGGCUGAGGUGCCCCUGAGGAGCUGAAGUGGUGCUCAUCUAGCCAUCCAACUAGAUAUCAGUAACUUUUUGGAGAACAGAAGACAUUCUUAUUUAUUUUUAUAUCGUGUCACUGUUAAUUUGAAUGUUCUAUAGUCUUAGAUUGUAGUAAAUAUAAACCCAAAUAAAUAGCCUUUCCUUUGACUA